CCUCUAACCGCAUGUGCGCUAGGAGAGCAGGCGAGGGGCGGGCGUGUCCAAGUCCGGAGGCUGCGCUGGCCGCGGCGGUGCCGUUGGCCGAGCGGCUGUAUGGCCCGGGGCUGGCUUCCCCAGCGGCCCUUAGGCCGCCAGGCCCGCCUCCACCGCUCCGGGCUCGCUCCGGCGCCCCGCCCCUCGGCCCCGCAGCGUACACCCAGCGGUCCCGCGAAGGCGGAUAUGGCCUUACCAGGCGCGGUGCUGUCCGAGCCAGCCAGACUUCAGUAAUGAGUUGGUGGCAUAACAACCUCCAAAGUUGCCAAAGCAAAGGGGAUUUGGCGAUGGAGGCUUUGUUGGAAGGAAUACAAAAUCGGGGACGUGAUGGGGGAUUUUUGACAUCCUGUGAGGCAGAACUACAGGAACUCAUGAAACAGAUUGACAUAAUGGUGGCUCAUAAAAAAUCUGAGUGGGAAGGGCAGACACAUGCUUUGGAGACUUGCCUGGACAUCCGUGAGCAGGAACUGAAGACUCUUAGGGGUCAGUUGGAUAUAAAACACAAAGAGGUUGGAAUACUGCGCCAACAGGUAGAGGAACUUGAAAAAGUGAAGCAAGAGAUGACCAGGGACUACAGGCAGGAGCUGAAGAAACUACAUGAAGAAUUAGGCAAACUGAAGAGAAGCUAUGAAAAACUACAGAAAAAGCAAAUAAAGGACUUCAGAGGAAACACCAAAAAUCACAAGGAAGAUCGGUCUGAAAUUGAGAGGUUAACUGGAAAAAUAGAGGAAUUUCGUCAGAAAUCUCUGGACUGGGAGAAGCAACGUUUGAUUUAUCAGCAACAGCUAUCUUCUCUGGAGGCACAAAGGAAAGCUCUGGCUGAACAAUCAGAGAUAAUUCAGGCUCAGCUUGCCAAUCGGAAGCAGAAACUGGAGUCUGUGGAGCUGUCCCGCCAGUCGGAAAUCCAGCACCUGAGCAGUCAGCUGGAGCGGGCCAACGACACGAUCUGCGCCAAUGAGAUGGAGAUCGAGCGCCUCACCAUGAAGGUCAACGACUUGGUGGGGACCAACGUGAGUGUCAUGCAAGAGCAGCGGCAAAAAGAAGAAAAAUUGAGGGAAUCUGAAAAACUGUUAGAGGUUCUGCAGGAAGAAAAGAGACAAUUGAAAGCAGCUCUUCAGUCUCAAGAAAAUUUUAUUCAUGAGGCAAAUAUGCAAAAGGAGAAGCUACAAGCAAAAUUAAAGGCAACCGACACUCAGCACACAUUAGAGACCAUCAGGUCCCCGGAGGAGUCUCAGACGGAUAGGAGGUACAGCUCUCAAGAGCAGGACUUAGACCAUGUGCUCUCCCCACUGGAUCUAACCCACACGAGUGAGGAGCUGCUGCAGGCGGAGGUGACUCGUCUGGAAAGCAGCUUGGAGUCUGUGAGUACAACAUGUAAACAGCUGAGCCAAGAACUAAUGGAAAAAUACGAAGAGUUGAAGAAGGUGGAAGCGCAUAACAAUGAGUACAGGACAGAGAUUAAGAAGUUGAAAGAACAGAUUUUUCAGGCUGAUCAGAGUUACAGUUCUGCACUGGAAGGAAUGAAGAUGGAAAUCUCUCGUUUAACUCGUGAGUUACAUCAGCGAGAUAUCACUAUUGCUUCUGCCAAAACGUCUUCCUACGACAUGGAAAAGCGACUCAAAGCAGAGAUACAAAAGGCAGAAGAAAAAGCUGUAGAGCACAAGGACAUUGUGGGUCAGCUGGAGUCAUUGAAGUUAGAAAAUCGUCGUCUUUCUGAAAUGGUGACGAAAUUGGAAUUGGGUUUACAUGAGGCAAAAGAGAUUUCCAUAGCAGACCUCCAGGAGAAUUAUAUUGAGACAUUAAAUAAAUUAGUGUCUGAAAAUCAACAACUACAGAGAGAUUUGAUGGAUACCAAAUCUAAGCUGGAGAUUUCUACUCAGAUGUGCAAAAAAAAUCAUGAUGUGCUCUUAAAACCAACACACAGCAGAGCACCUGAGUUCAAGAAUACAGAGUUCAAUCUGCUCUCCAGGCCAUCCCAUGGCCAGCACAGACGUGGUGGAGGGAAGACUGAGCUCUACAAAACAGGUCUUCCUUCUUCUCCGGGAGGACAAGCGCCGGGCGGCGUAGAGCCCGUGUCCAGGGUCCUCAGCCCCCUGAGUGUUCACAUCAGCUCUUGCAGCUCCAGCAUCUCUUUGCCUUCCAACUUUCUGUACAAAACUCAGUCUUUGCCUUCAGUGCUAGACCCAAACGAAGCCAUUUUUUCUGACUCUAUCUCUGAGAGCGUAAAUGACCAAGAAGAGUUUAUGUCUUCGUGUCCCUUUCCUGUGUCUCCCCUUGGUUCCAUAGCCACAAGGUUUCUGGAGGAGGAGGAACUCAGGUCUCACCACAUCCUGGAGCGCCUGGACGCCCACAUCGAGGAACUGAAGAGAGAGAGUGAAAAGACAGUGAAGCAAUUCACGGCCCUCAAGUAGCCUCUUAAAAAAAAUCACAAGCUUGGAAGUAAAAACAAGCAUCGAAGAGUUACUGUCAUCUGAAGUAGCGGCAGUGGCUCUUUAAAAACACAAAUGUGUAAAAAUCAUAGAGCUGUUGUGAAGAAAGCUAAAAACUGAUACUUCUCUAAAGGCAUUUCUACUGCACUGGUCUGUUUGAAGAACUUUUUCCAGCAAUAACUUGUAAUAAACCACUUUGCUAGACUUUUUCCUCAGUAAUAUUUAUUAUCAUAAAGGGAUAGUUUUUCUUGCUGACUAAAAUGAGUUUAUGGCAUGUUGAAAUUAAAGUAACUACAGGAACUUCUUUGAGGGAAGUAUGUAGAAGUUGGGGUUCAGAGUCAAACCCAGCUGGCUUGGUGUGUAGGUUUUGCCACUUACUAGCCAGUUGGGCUGGUAAUGUGCGAAGUCAAGCAGGGGGUACAUAAAGGGGUAAAGAAGUUUGAUGAAGGCCUCUCUUGCUCUGGGCACAAGUAUAAGACAGAGGUGGAGGGAGCGGGCGGGGGCCGGUUUGAGUGAGUGGUGGAACAUGCGACGGGAAUGUUGCAUUUCUGAGAGGGUCAGUGGGAGACAAAGGUGCCAGCUGCAGGAGGCAUUUGAACCCUUGCAGAGUUGGACCCCUCCACCCGAUAGGAGAGGGGAUGGAGAGAGAAAAGAGCAGAAUGCUGUGCCCAGGUCCCUGAAGGAUGCCAGCACCUGAGGAUCACAGCAGAGGGGACAGCAGAGAGCUGGAAUGUGCGACUACAGACAAGAAGGUGACGCGCAGUGUCCUUACCAGCUCAAGGACAUGCUCCUGUGCUUCACUCUCCAGUGGCUCUUCCCUGUCAGCAUGUAAACAUCCUGAGUUCUCCUUUCUCUAAAACCAAACCAAACCUCGGUUCCAUAUGCCUCUCCAUGUCUGCUGCUCCAUGUGUUUGCCCCCUUCACCCACAUGUCUGCAGUGACUAUUUAUACUCCCUUCCUUCCCACUCUUCUUAACCCUCUCCAGCUGCACCCCCACCCCCACCAUGGAACUGCUGUCAUGUUCUCGAGGUCACCAGUGACCUAGUUAGUCCCUGGGCGUUAUUUCACCCAGUUGGCCUAUCCCCCUUUGUCUCUUGGUUCUGUGACCUGACACCCCUUGUUUUCCUCCUAGCUCACUGGCUACCCCAUCUCACUGUAGUUUUCUGGCUUUUCCUCUUCCAACGCUCCCCCCCUCCGCCCCCUGGACUGACGUGGGUUUUCUCACUCAGCACAUUUCCCUAGGAUAUUCCAUUUGAUUCUCAAGCUUUGAAUACAAUCUACAGGCCCGUGGCCCCUGCAUUCAAAACUAGUCUCGAUCUCUUCCCAGAGCUGCUGGCUUAGAUACCUGCUUAUUGAAUAUCUUCACUUGAAUGUCUGAUAAGCAACUCAUGUUGAACAUUUGCAAGAGAGAACUCUGGAUUCUCAAAAUAUUUCCUGUGAGGACAGUAUCCUGUUUGCCAGUGGCUAGAAGUUGUCCUAAAUCCCUUCCUUGCCCACACCUCCAAGCCAUUGGGAGGUCCUGUCAGUUCUGUCUCCAGAAUUCAUCUCAGGUCCAACCAUUGCUGCCUCUUCUCCACCGCCGUCACCCUGAUAGCUAACCCAGUCUCUCAGGUUCUGUCCGGAGCCUCCUGAUCACAAUAAUUCAUUCUUCGGAAUGAGUUGUCCUUCAGAAAUGGAAGUGAACAGUGUCACCCCUACCUCCCUUCAAAGGCUGCAAAGACUUCUUGGUGCACCCGGGAUUGGUCCAAACUGCUGCGCAGCCUGCGAGCCUCGCUCCCACCCCAUCACCCCACUGUGGCCUCUUUCGCUGUGCUCCAGCCUCCCUGUCCUCCUUCCUGCUUCCCGACUGCAGUUGGCUUUAACCUGUCAGGGUCCUGUGCUGCGGUUUACCUGGAAUCCCUUUCUCACCUUGCCUGUGAUUGACCUUGGCUCCCCUCUCAGGUCUGCACUCAGGCGUCCAGUCCCUGACUGCUAUGUCUAAAACCUGCUUCUCCUUUUCUCUGGCUCAUUUGCCCUGAGUUAUUUCCUUCAGAGUGCUCACCACUUUGAAAUCAUAUUUUUAUUGGAUUUAUGUUUCUGUUGUUUAUUUUUACCUUAGAAUUAAGCUUCUUGAGGACAAGGGCAUUGCCUGUCUUGUUCAGGGUGGGGUCCUCGUCACCCAGCACAAGCCUCGCACUUGGUUGGUGCUCAGUGGUGCCUGUCCUUUCUCAGAUGCACCCCGUUUUUGCUUUGCACCUCUGUACACGCUGUCCUUCAGCUCUGCUUCUUCUUUCCACGUACUUCCUGUGCCCCUCUAUCUUGCUGGGGAAAGCUUUCCCAUACCUUUUGGCCAGACCCAGGGAGAGUUCCUCCUCCUUUCUCCCGUGUGUGCCCCCAGAGCACUGGCCCAUGCUGUGCUGUGCUCUGUGAAUUUCGUUUCUCCCACUUCCAACUGAAAACUCCUUAAAGGCAGGGGCCAGCUCCUGCUGGAACCUCAGGCAGCAGCAUGCUGCCUAAGACACAGCAAGCACUAAGCAAAUGCUGGGUGGAUGAAAAUCACUCCCGCUCUGGGCUUCCUUGUACUCACCUGGAAAAUAGGGAUAGUACCUCAUGGAGUUAGGAGGAUUUACUGAAAAUACAGUUCUGACAGGGCUUGGCAGAUUCUAAAAAUACUGCACCCGGGUAUGGGGGGAUUUUGGAAUUUCAGACUGUCCCAAGCUUCUGCUUAGAAUAUGUAGGAUCCACACCCUGCUCCUGAAAUGGUCAUAGGGCAUGUUGACUAAAAGGCACAGUGAUGGACUAUGGUCACUGGGAAUACCUACAGAAUCAUGAGGUACGGUGUACGUCCUUAAAUUUACACUGUGUUGUUGAAAGUUGAAGUAGCUGACUUAGUGUCUGAGUUUGUCAGGACAUUUGAUUGUAAGUUAAUCUCUCAGCUUCACUUUUAAAAAGAUUAUGCCCAAUAUUAAAAUGUGUCAAAACUAAAUUUGAGUG